AUGCUGACCAAUUUCCUGGUAAACUCUUGGCUAAAAGCAGGUGACGUUCCCGGCGAACAGGGCAACGAGUGGUGGGUUUUAGUGCUAUUAAUGACGUCUUCAAAUACCAUUGACAUGCCUAAAAGUAAAAUUUUAAACCUUCAAUUUGAGGUCAAAUUUUAAAAUUUUUAGUCCACGAACAGCCAGUCCCACCGCUAGCUUCACUGAAUCGGAUCCGAAGAAUACCAAAAGUGAUAAACGUGAACGAUUACAAAAUUGUGUCACCACAGCGUUUGGCAUAACCGUGGGACCACGACCAACUCCAAAUUCAUGUCAUUACAAGGUAAGAAAGCGUCUCUGUGGAUUAAAAUAUCGAAAAAAUAAACCAAAAAAUUUUCUUCAUACCUACUGUUUAAAAAUUUUACUUUUUUCGAUAUUGUCGCAGCUAAUCUGUACUCAUAAUUCAAAAAUAGCACACACGUCAAAAAGAAUUGACCAUUUUACUAAAAAUUUACUCUUAAAAUCAUCCGAUUCUUUUUGGAGCGUCCCUAUAAUAACUUAUUUUUUCACAUUUUUAACAUCCAAAACAUUGUUAAAACUAAAAAAUAACUUGUGAAUUAGAAAGUAAAUAAAAAGCAAUUUAGACUGAAGUAAAAUGUCCAGAAAGUUUGUGGAACAGAUUAAUGUUGGCGGAAAACUCUUCGAGGAUCCGGACUUCGAGAUGAGCUCAUUGAAAGAUCGCUUCCCAAAGCUCGAAUUCAAACGUCCUCCUGUGAGUUUUAUAUGUAAAAGACGCAAAAGAUUCUGUAUUUAAAAAUACGAGAAUGUAAAAGUCCAUUUUUUAUGAAAAUUUUGAAAAAGUCCGAAAAAACCGCCAAAAAUCGGGUUCAAAUUUCCGUCGAAAGAAAAUUUUCAAACACUGAUUUUCGACUAAUUUGCAAAAUAUUUGAAUAGGUUUAACUGUCCUAAAAAUUUUGUAAAUCAAAGAUUUUUAGCUUAAAAAUUAGGCAUUAAAUUAUACUUGCUUUUUUUCAGGAAAUUUGCCAAGAUCCAAAGUUUUUCAUCAAGGGACGAUCAUCUAAACCAUCAGGAAAGAGUCAAAUUGGAGAUGCCUGGUUCCUGCCGGCCGUUACUUUGGUCGCAUCACGUCCAGACUUGAUUGAGAAGGUCUUUGAUGUCAACCAAAGCUUUGAGAAAGAAAAAUACACGGGAAUGUUCAAAUUCAAGUUUUGGUUGUAUGGAGAAUGGGUGAAUAUUGUUGUAGACGAUAGAUUGCCGGUAAAUGGAAAGAACUUGAUGUUCUGUGGCGUGAAUGAUGAAGGUUUUUGGAUGGCUUUGCUGGAAAAGGCUUAUGCGAAGUGAGUUGACGUAUAUUUUUUAGUUUUCUUGAAAUUUAGUUUUUCUUCGUUGGCAAACGUUAUAUUGUACAUGAGGCUGAUGGAAGUGGAUUUUGCGUAAAGGGUACAUCUUAGAACUAGCUUAAAUUUGGCGUAGAGUAAGAUAAGACUAUCAGAAUCGUAUUUUACAGUAUUUUCGGUUUAAUUUUUGUUGAUUUAUUGGUUUGCUAUAUUGUUUUAGGGGUAAUAGUUUAUCAAAAUAAUUUUUCUUGCUUUUUCUUUAGAAUUAUCUCAUUUUACGAUAUUGUUUUAGGUUGAUUGGUUCAUACGACGCAAUAACUUGUGUCGGCUAUCCCUUUUCAUUGCUAUGUUUAACUGGUGGAAUUAUCGAUACGGUACACAAAUCUGAAUUCGAAGCCGAUGAAUACGAAAAAUUGGCUCAGGAAACUGCGACUGGAGUGUUGAUAUUAGCGCUGACGAGUUACGAUUUGCCGUUGGGAGGAAUAAAUGGACUUUUACCGAAUCAAGCUCAUGCUCUUACUGGGCUUAUUGAGGUAGAAAUGAAUUUUAGGAUGAUAUAAUUUUAAAAUUUAAAGUCGAAAUUUAAAGGUUAUUGAUUUUUGAAAAUUCUGUAAACAUAAUAUUUUUAGGUAACAUUUAAAAAAUGGUUAUUUUUAGGUAAAAACAAGCAACAACACGACGAUUCAGCUUGUCAAACUGUGUAGUCCAUGGAACACCGUCAAGUGGACUGGAAAAUGGUGUGGAUCUAAAACAACUUGGGCAGAAAUUAACGCUUCGGAUAAGGAGAGGUUGAUCAAGGAAAAGACUGAAAAUGAGUAUUGGUAGGUCUUUUAGUCCAUUUUUUUAAAUUUUUUAGGUUUAUAUUUUAAAGAGUUCGAGAUUUAUUUAAGUUUUAAAAAAUUUUUAUAAUUUUUAAAAAUUUUUGAAUUUUAAGGAUGGACUGGACUGAAUUUGUCAAGCUAUUCGAAAGAUUGUCCAAAUGCUACGUUACUCCGAAUGCCUUGAUUGAAUGUGUUGAGAAAGUGCCGCCAACUCAAAAGGAAUCAACUUCAAUUCCAGUACAGCAUCAUUGGAGAAGAAAAACAAGUGGUGGUGCACCUGGUACUGAUCGGAGUAGGUUUAUUUUUAUUUUUUUUUUCGUUUUUAUGUAGCUUAAUUAUUCUACGAAUUUUUAGACCGUUUCCAGAGAAACCCUCAAUUCGUGGUCAAUGUCAGUUAUAUGAAUGAGGGUGAGAAGGGGAAGAUUCCGGUAAUCUACAAUCUGCUCCUAAAAUACGGCGAAAAAACGUCGAGGAGAUGCAUUGCCAGUGGAAUUGUGGUUUACAAGAUGCCAGACGAAGAGAGUGGAAGGUUCAGAAGGUUUGACGCCAAUUUCUUCAACGAUCCUACGAAUCAACCGGUCUACACUCAAAAGGUCUUCAAAUAUUGUGGGGUGGGUUAAUGGUUUUUUAGUAUAAUUUACUUCUAAUGAAAAAUGUUGUAGAAUCUUCAGUAAACAAUGUGAUAAAAUCCUCAUUUCUAAUGAAGAAUGUCAUAAAAUUCUCAUUUAUAUUGAAAAAUGUCAUAGAAUUUUCAUUACUAUUGAAAAAUGUCAUAAAAUCCUCAUUUCUAAUGAAAAAUGUCAUUUUUAGUCUGCCGGCUAUCUUAAGUUGGAUCCGGGAGCUUAUGUGUUUGUGGCCUCAUCGUUUGUCCCAGAAGAUCACGGAACCUUCUUCUUGAGGAUUGUCGCUCAAGGGAAGUUACUCGUUUCGUAAGUGUUUCAUUGUUUUUAAGAAUCACGAAAGGACCCUAUCUUACCAUCACCUACCCUACCUUACACUUUUACACCCUUCUUUACCUUACCCUGCGCUACCCUAUCCUACUUUACACUGCCCUGCCCUACCUUUUAAACAAAGCUUUCCUACUGUGCUCUACUCUAAAAUAAGUAUAUUGUAUAUAUUUCGAAAAUUGAAAAUUUUUUCGAAAACGUGUUUUUCAAUGAAUUUCAGUGACAUUUUUUAACUUUUAUGGUUACGUUCGUUUUGAUGAUUUUUUUUCUUCAGAGACCUGGAAUGAAGCAUCUGCAGACUGGCCAGCCAAUGUGAUUCUACUAUCAGUUUUUUGUUUGCUUCAACUACUCGCGACUACUAG